AUGACGACCAGACUCCUCGAAGAUCCGUCUAGGGAGUGGAUGUCUGGUUUACAUUCACGACAUCCUAAUUUACGGCAACUCGUGACCGUCACCCCCGAGCGUGACCGUCACCCCCGAGCAACUUCGAAUCAGUACCCCAAAAACUGCGCAACCAUGAAGUAUUUCUCAACAUCCGCAAAAAACCACUUCGGCCUGUCCGAGUUCGAAUACUUGGGCGUCGCCAUCCGCGACGGCAAGAUCUACCCCUCCAAAAAGUCCAUCGCCACCAUCCAAGGCCUCUUACCCCCGGAAUACGUCAGUG